GUGAAUCGUGAUAUUCUCCAAAGCAGGAUCAGGACACAAGGGACUAAGCAGUCCUGCAGUCUAUCUCACUCGCAGGAACCCCCACCAUGGUUCCUCGGGUAUAGGCGCUGACGAUAGCCCAAGGAUCUAGGCUCGGGGUGUUUGUGCGGGAGUCUUCAGAAAUCGUGUGGUUGGCCCACACGUUAGUCACCGCUUAAACUGCAAACGUCACGAGCUUCGAGCUGACGCCAGCAACGCUUUCGGACUGACUACCGAGUCGCUCGAGUCCAUCAGCCGAAAUGGGGAUGCAUCGGCAAUAUGUGCCGCUCGACUCCACCAAGGGGGGCAAGUCGUCUGCAGCAGUGCUGGUGGUGGCGAUGAUCGGCAGUGUCGCUAUCCUCGUCGUCUCCGUGUUCCUCGGCGUCAAGCUCGCGCAGAUGCAGGGCAUGGAGCCGCCGCCGCCGCCUGCGCCGCUUCCGCCUCCCCCCGUGAACAUCACGAUCACGUCGAAGAUCCAGAUGGCGCUGCUCUUCCUCGAAUCGCAGAAAUCGGGCAAGCUCCCCCCGGGCUAUCCCGUCACGUGGCGAAACGACUCGGGGUUGCAGGACGGUCGGGACCAGAACCGGGACCUCCGCGGCGGGUACUACAUCGGCGGGAGCAACAUCAAGUACCAUUUCCCGAUGGCGUACACCGUGACCAUGCUUUGCUGGGCGCUGCUGGAAUACGAAUCCGUGUUCCGGCUCGUGAACAUGCACAACGAAAUGGCGGAGCUUAUAGACUGGGGAGUACAGUACAUCCAACGUACAAGAUACCAGGAUCUCAUCUUCGCUCAGGUGGGCACGCCGGAGAUUGACGAAGUGUGCUGGAUCCGGCCCGAGGACAUGAAGCCCGCUCAGCGCCCCACCAUGUUCCCCUGUGACAUCGCGCACCCCUGCUCCGACCUCGCGGGCGAGUACGCCGCCGCGCUCGCUGCCGCUUCGCUCACUUUCCGCGUGGGCAACCCCUCGUACGCGGACGAACUUUUGCAGAGUGCGGCGGAGAUUUUCGAAUAUGCGGAUCAGUAUCGCGGGAAGUACAGUGACUGGGUGGAAGCAGCUCAAAUGGAGUACAACUCUACCGGGUACGGCGACGAGCUCAUGUGGGGCGCCACGUGGCUGUACUUCGCGUCGGGAGAUGAAAAGUACCUGGACUAUGUGAUCGGGCCCAACUCGUACAUCUUCGAGACGAACCAGUGGGGUCCGGGCACCAAGACAUUCGACUGGGACAACAAAGCACCCGGCGUGCAGGUGCUGAUGACGCGGCUGCUGAUGCUCGGGUACGGGGCGGGCAACGAGGCGCAGAUCCCGCAGUACCUGCAGACGUACCUCAACGCCGCGAAGCUCUACGUGUGCCAGCACACGCCGCACUGGCUGCACGCCAACUUCACCGACAGUGGCGGGCUGAUCUACGUGAGCGACGACCAUCCAAUCCAGUACGCGGUGAACGCGGGGUUCCUGUCGGUGCUGGUGAGCGACUACCUGCGCAUCGCCAUCAACGCCAACGUCUCCUCGCACUACCUCGACUGCGACGCCACCAUUGACGACAUCGUCGACUUCGCCGCCUCCCAGGUGAACUACAUCCUGGGCGACAACCCCCAGAAGAUGAGCUAUAUGGUGGGCUUUGGCGACAACUACCCCACGCGCGUGCACCACAGAGCUGCCUCCAUCACGUCUCGGCAUGUCGACCCCACUCGCUUCGACUGCGCCACGGGCCAGAAGUUCAAGAGGUCCAAGUACCCAAAUCCGAACGUGUUGGUGGGAGCCAUAGUGGGUGGGCCAGGCAGAGACGACUCAUACCUGGACGACCGCACAAUCCCGCAGCAGAGCGAGCCCCUCCUCUAUGUCAACGCUGUCUUUGCCGGGCUACUCGCCAGUCUGGGCGCCUUCCGCAGCGGCAACAGCCCCGGCAACUCGCUUACGCGCAUGUGGGCGCAGAUCCCAUGGGCCAAGAAGUACGCCGAGUCACUUGAGGAGCUUAUUCCCAAGCCCUACCCCUCGCCUCCCAAGCCGCCUGUCUCCCCUCCCCCCUGGAGGACCCCUCCCCCCAAGGCCCCCAAGUUCCCCCCCAAGCGUAACGGCCCCAGCCCUCCCCCGCCCUAUGUCAACCCUCCGCCCCCGUCACCCCCUCCCCCGAGCCCUCCCCCUCCCCGCCCUGUCAAGAAGCACACGGCUCCAGCCCCGCCUCUGUUUUACAAGGGCCAGGGAAAAUACCAGACACCUGGUGCGGAUCUCCCCACUGCUCCCGCUGUGCACACGCCUCCAGUCAAGGAGGUUCCGGCAACACUCACACCUGUGAAGGAAGGCGCUGGUAGUGGGUCUGCGGCUCCUGUUGGUGGUGCUGCUGGUGGGUCUGCUGCAGAUCCCAGUGGCCUGCCAGCUGGAAAUCCCAACGUUUUUCCUUGAUUUUAGGCUGUCAUAGGAGUAGUAGGUGGGUAGUGUAGGUGGUCCGAGACAGAUGUGUGCAAUACUGUUUGAUUUAGAAGGCUGAUGCUGAGCUUUUCAUGUUCAAUGCGUCAAGCGUCGAUUUUGUUCUGUCCCUUGCACGCAGCUGAGCUUUCAUAUUCCUAGGUGGAUGCAUAUAUGUGUUUCAAACAU